CAUGUGGAAAGAUGUCAGCAGGAAAGAAGUCACACCGGCUCCAUUGAGGGAUAUCUGCUUCCAGAAACCAAAAAGGCUAGGCAGGCAACUUUCAGCAGCUUCAACAUCUACUAGGAAGAAUAGUAUCACACCCAGAGUGUUGACAGAUGAUGACAUUCGGGAACUGCGGGAUGUGGACCCAGGUGCUGCAGUGCUGACAAGCCUUGAAAACAGUGACACGGACACAGCAUCAUCUGACACUGAUUCAGAGGAACAUCCAGACUUACCUGAGCCCUUGACAGCUUUAUGGGAUGCAACACUAAGGGAGCUCUCACCACAGGACAUGCAGGUGAAAUGUGAAGAUACAUUUCUUAAACUAAAAACUACACUACAACCUCAGCAAUGUGAGAAACUGGAAUUUGUGACACGGCAACAGUCAAAGUCAAAUGAGUGGCACACCUAUAGGGCUGGUUGGAUCACAAGCACCAAACUUCACCAUGCAACCACAACUGACAAGAUAAGCAAAACAUACCUAAAUGAUAUAAUGCAGUACAACAAAACAGAGUUAAAUGUCCCAUCUGUGCUCUGGGGUCAAAACAUGGAGGAAACAGCAAGACAAGCCUACACUGCAUUUAUGUCCCAAAGCCAUCCAGAUUUCAGCAUCAGCUCAUGUGGCUUAGUAGUACAACCUUCUGAGCCACACCUUGGAUCAUCGCCAGAUGGGAUUGUAAGAUGUUCCUGCUGUGGCAAAGGGGUGGUAGAGAUAAAGUGUCCCUACAAAUAUAGGAAUAGCCUUCAAGGAUGUACAGAAGACAAGCAGUUUUGUCUGGACAAGUCAUUUUCGUUGAAACAUUCGCACACAUACUAUUAUCAAACUCAACUUCACAUCUUUGUCUGUGAUGUAAGCUAUUGUGACUUUGUGUUGUGGACGAAGGAGAAGUUCUUUGUGCAACGCAUCAUAAGAAAUGAAGAGUUUCUCCAGGAGGCUUUGCCAAAAGCACAUGACUUCUUUAUCUCAAAUGUGUUGCCUGAAUUACUAACAAGAAGACAUGAUCCACAGAGCCUGUGAAUACUGUGAAAGACCAGAUUUUGGUAAAAUGAUAAUCUGUGCCAAAUGCAACAACCACAUUCACUACAGUUGUGCACAAAUAAAAAGGAAGCGAGCAACAUGGUUGUGUAGGAAAUGUGUGAGGGUAGAGGCUUGAAUGCCUUCAUGUACGAGUGGGCAAUAUGAUGUAUUGUGAUAAAAGACCAUAUAUGGUGUUAGAUGUUGGUUAUGGAAUGUUUUUCUUUUGUUUUUGAAGUUAGAUAAAAGUUAAAUGAUGUACUGACUAUCUACAGUAAUAACUAUUCCAGAUCAUAUAUAUAGAUUAAAGAUCCCAUUGUGUAAAUGUUUGUGUUAUUGACUGCUGUGUCUAUGCACUUCAGUGCAACAAGAUAUUUAAAAGUUGUACUCUUUAAU